AUGGUGGUGGGGCCGAUAGUCAGCACGUCCGGCGUCGCCCGGCCGCCGUUAUUGCCGACGACGAGGAAGCCCGUGUUCUUCUUCAUCUGGUCGUUCCGGGCGCCGGGCGGUCGACAACCAUCAUGUCACGCCGCCAUUGUUGCGCAGGCACAAUACAUAAACAUCGUCAGCGACACGUUGCACCCGGCCGGUCCUCUUGUGCUGCUGGCCGGAGGUGCCGAUGCCCCGGGGCAGACAUCAAGCAGGAAAAGCAUCAUGGCUGUUGCUUUCCGCCGGAAGGUCAGCUUGUUGAGCUCCACGUUUCUGUUCUUCAAUGCUCUCUUGGUGGCAUUUGAUGUUGUAGCCGCCGAUGAUGCCCAGGCAUGUGAUGAUGUUAUUGUAAACAUCGUCAACCAGACAGACAUCGACUUCUACAAGACCUGUCCGGCUAUCGACAGUGUUCUCUUUUUCGUCGACCACGAGUUCAAGGGCCCCUUUGAGCUGCCCGGCGUUGAGUCCUUGCCUAAAUUCAGUUCUGGGUACCUUGGACCGGAGCUCCAGGGGAUGACUCGGGUAGAAGAUGGCGUAACCACCAUCUCGAUGCCAGAUCUCCAGAAUACCACGAGCGGCGGGAUGUUGUUUGGAUACCUCAAUGAUUUGACCAGCAUCUCAUUUCCGAAACUCGGAACUGUCAGUGGAGACAUUGUCGUCAUAGGUAGCGAUGGUGUUCGGAAUGUGACAUUGCCAGCAUUAUCCACCAUCGGUGGGGGUGUGCUCCUUGACGGUGAUUUCGAUGAAAUCAAUCUUUCGUCACUGAAGUCCGUGGCAUAUAUGAGAGUGGAAUCCACCGGCAAUAUCAGCUGCCCGGCUCUGGGAGCAGCUUUCGCCAGUCUGACCUUCACCGGUACGGAGGACGACAUCUACCAGGGUUUUACUUGCUGGACUCCGGAUGAGAACAACACUUGGAACUCGUCAGAUCCGUCAAACAACCCCACGACCGGAGAUUCUUCCCCCACGGCGACCAACUCGGGGUCGGCUUCAGCGACAAGCCGAGAAUUGGCGCUCGAGACGAGAAGAGUCCAGGCAAUGCCGUAG